GCAACUGCAAGUUGACACUGACAGAUUGGUUUGUGGUUAGGUUAGUUCAAAGUUGAGGUUAUAAAAUAAAAAAUUGUGUAUUUUUGCCCCAAAAUGUACCCCAUUAUCACAUUUAUCGAAGACUUGCACGAAUUUUUAACAGGGGACAGGUUGGUGAAGGGUAACAUAAUUCGUAAACAUUCAAAAAAACUUGACCGUUUGGGAGAUUUGAGCUUCCCUUUGAGUUUUAAAAAUUGGUCUCAAAACAUUACAAUUAGUGACACGAAUUUACGCACAAUUUUUGACUAUUUAUCGUCGGGACAAGACCUACAAUCUCAACUAGAUUCACUGGUAAAGCAAAGCGAAAAGUGGGCUUUAACAGUAAGGGAAUGCAAAUUAAUAAAUAACAGUGAUGUUCAUUUAUACCUGAAAAGGUCGGACACGAUUGAUUUAUGCAUAAAAAAGGUCUUGAACGAGAGAGAAAAUUACGGCUUGCUGCACAAAUGUUUCACUAAAAAAAUUACUGUGUCUCUUGAUCACACCUUUGAAUGCGAUUUUGCAAAAAUGACUUUAACCGAACUGCGAGCUUUAAUUACUCACGAUGUUACAUCAAACGUUCUUGCAUGUUUAAGUGCAAAUAAUUCUGACAGUGAUUGCGAUAUUAAGAUCACAAUAAACUCAAAUCAAAAGCAAGACUUCACUUUAGUUUGUGGUUCAGUUUUGAAUGAAAAUGGUCUCAAAGACACAAAAACAACAGCUUUUGAACUUUACAGAAAGCGAGCUUUAGAUCUGCAACUAAUGGCCCAGCAUAAAUAUGGUGUUCAGGUCAAACCAUCAUGGGGUGAUUAUUUCGAUAAGUUGGGAAAAGCGUCAGUUGUGAUUGAAAUGUUGCAAAAUAGGUUGCAUAAAACGAUAAAAAUUACGCUUAACAAUUUGCAAGCAACAAAUAAAGGCCCAUCGUUUAUUUUUUACAAUUGUGCACGACUGUCGUCACUGUUGAAGCAGUUUGAUGAGCGAGUCGCAAAUAAAUUAUAUCCUGAGUUACCUCUCUUGGAAAAAAUCGAUUUCACUUUGCUUAACCAACCUGAAGAAUGGGAAAUCGUCUACGUUUAUAUUUUACAAUUUCCAACUGUUGUUAUUAGCACAGUGUGUGAUAUUAAGUCAGGUUUAAUAAAUCUUCAUAAUUUGAUAAUUUUUUUGUCAAACUUGUCGUCCAUCUUCAGCGUGUAUUACAGGAGGGUAAAAAUACUCAUUAGUGCCAAGGAACACCUUCUGCCCACGUUAUUUGCGAGAAUUUAUUUACUAAAAGCAGUACAACAAGUAUUUCACACUGCUUUAAAACUGUUAAAUAUAGAACCAGUUAAAGAAAUGUAAUAAAACCAAUUGUAUUUUUCUACUUGAAUAAAUUAUUGUUUGACGUA